UCAUCAAUUCCCUAAAGCCUAUCACCCAUACCUGUGGAGAAAGAGAAACGCAGCACAUUAACUGCUGUACUUUAAGACAUUGUUUUCGCUUCUUGGGUGGGACUUCCUGCAGUGGAUAUCUGUUGAAUGGGGUUUCCAAUUCUGGAGCCACUUUUUUUUCUUCCCAAGCUAAGCGUACGCUACUUUAUUCUUGCACGGAUUUAACCGUUAAGACGCGUUUAUAAAUUGUGAAUGUGGAGUUUUUGGUGGACCAGACCUCGGGAUCAGUAAAAACAUGGAAUCUUGUAAUGGUUUGACCUGGAACUGGGAGCCUUCGAAGUGCAUGACCAUGUAGUCCAAAGGACAUGGCCUGAUGCUGCAGACCUAUCCAGUCAGUCAUCCAGUUUUUUCCACCCUGGCUCAUCUGGAAGUCUCUGAGUAGAGUUUGUCCAGUUACUCUGCAGCCCUCCUCUUUCAGAGAUGGAUUUGGGGCCAUCAGCCCACACUGGUUCCUGUGUCUGCACUAACUGUUGGAAGCAUCAGAGCGGCUGUUGGUGAGGGACUCCCCAACAGGCCCAGGAUGCCAGGAUGCCCAUCACUCAGGACAACGCCCUCAGCAUCCUCCCACUGCUGGAGACCUGGCAUGGGCCUCAGAGCACAAGAUCACAGCAAGACCACAACCUAAAUCAAGACAACUCUGGAUACAAGCAUGUGGAUCAGGACCCCUACCAGAAUGGGGAAGGAGAUAGUGUGUGCAGUAGCAGCAGUGUUAAUAGUGUUAAUAUGGAGGACUUGUCUCAGUGUCUGGCUGCCAUUCAGAAGUUGGUGGAGUACAUUAAGUUCAACUUCAUGGAGGGUGACACAACUCCAUCAGCCAGCCCAUCCUCCUGCAGGGAGGGGUUGGAUGUUGAGGUUCAUGCCGUUUCCAUCAGUAAAGAUGAGGGUGAUACCUCUGAGUUUGGCCUCAGCUUCGGGAAUAUCCCUAUUUUUGGGGACCCUGACGGAAGAAAGAAGGGAGGCCCGAGGAGGAGGAGGGACCACGGCCCCAUCAUGGAUGUAGGCUGCAUCUGGGUGACAGAGGUGAGGAAGAAGAGCCCAGCAGCCCGCUGUGGGGGCAUCAAACUGAGAGACGAACUGCUGUCACUGAACGGCCAGCUGAUGGUUGGAGUAGAUGUCAGCGGAGCCAGUUACCUGGCUGACCAGUGCUGGAAUGGAGGCUGUAUCUACCUCAUCAUGCUGCGGCGAGUCAAGCGAAAGGCUCCUCUCCCUCCCUGUAACGUCAAUGGCAGCAUCAGUGCCCCUGUCAGCAGUGAUGGCUGUGAAGAGCAGAAGCAGGCCAGAGCUACCUCUGAGCCCUCUGACAGCUCGGCAAACUGCAAACGCAUGCGCAAGUUUGGUGUCAUAUCACGAUCAUCCUUCAACCGAGACAACAGGGACAGUACUGACUCAGAGCUCCAGAGCUGGAACAAUGGCUACAACUCUUCAAUUCCCUCUGAUGCAGGAGUCAGUUCUCCAGGAGAUGACUCAGGUUGCAUUCUCUCCACACACACGCCCAAUGAGGAAAGCCUGGACACCUUUCCUCAAAUGAGAACUGUUCCUCAGCGUCAACACAGUGGAGGCACUGCCACUCUGCCUGCAAGGUGUCACAGUCAGCUGAUAGAAUUCAAAAUGGAUUCAUUCAGCAGUGAACCUUCAAGUCAGCCCAGAGAGGGCAGCCACAUCUGGAAGAUGCACAUGGUGAAGGGUGAUGAGGGCCUGGGCAUACAGAUCACAGGGGGGCGUGGCUCCAAGCGCUCUCCUCAUGGCAUCAUUAUAGCCCAUGUGGAGAAGGCGGGCGCCAUUCACAGGGACGGUCGUCUUCAUGCUGGUGAUGAGUUGCUGAUGAUAAAUGGUCAGUCUCUGGUGGGUCUCACUCAUCAGGAGGCUGUUUCUAUCCUCCGCUCCACUACUGGUCUGGUCCAGCUGGUGGUGGCCAGCAGGGAGGAGUCAGAUGUUGGUUUUGAACGCUUCCCAUCCACCAGUCUGCCGGACCUAGUCAGCACCUGCAAUUCCUUCUCCUCCCUGUCUCAGACUGCCCCCCCUCCCUCCCAGCAGACUUCCAACUGCAGCACCAGUUUACAGAACUCCUACCUGUUGACUAACUCGGCAAAACUAGAGGGACAAACUCAGGGAGAGGCACCCAAAGGAUCCUCCUGCAGCCCCACACCCAUGAAACUGUGCAGUCGAUCCCAGGGGGGAAGCAGUCGCCUGCAGUCAGUGGGUGAGGAUGAUGAGCUGUUAGUGGAGAAUGGUGUGAGUGGCUGUGAUGUGUUGGAGAAGCCUCCACCUGGUCGACGUAAACACUCGCUACCCCAACAACUAGACACUGCUGGAGUGAGACAGGAAUAUCAGAUAAUUAAGAAAUCAGCCCGCUCCCUGAGCACCAACCAAGUGGAGUCUCCAUGGCGACUGGCACAGCCAUCCAUUAUCUCCAGUAUAGUGCUGAUGAAAGGCCAGGGCAAGGGCCUAGGAUUCAGUAUUGUUGGUGGGCAAGACUCAGCACGUGGUCAGAUGGGGAUUUUUGUCAAGACCAUCUUCCCUCAUGGAGCUGCAGCAGCUGAUGGACGACUGAAAGAGGGAGAUGAGAUUCUGGAGGUGAAUGGAGAGUCUCUGCAGGGACUCACACACCAACAGGCCAUCCAGACCUUCAAGCAACUGAAGAAAGGUGUUGUGACACUGACGAUUCGAACUCGUCUGCGCAGUCCCAGCUUGACACCCUGUCCAACCCCCACCCUCCUGAGCCGCUCCAGCUCACCCAACUCCAACACCAGUGGAGGAACACCUGUCCCCUCAGGGUUUGAAGAGGCUGAUGGCCACAAGGGCCCCGGUCCUGGUCCAAAAGACUGCAUCAUCAUGGAAGUCACGCUUAAUAAAGAGCCUGGUGUUGGUCUUGGGAUUGGGGUUUGCUGUCUGACCCUGGAGAACUCUGCUCCUAGUAUCUACAUCCACAGCCUGGCACUGGGAUCUGUUGCAAAGAUGGACGGCAGGCUCAGUCGUGGAGAUCAGAUACUGGAGGUGGACUCAGUUAGUCUCCGUCACGCUGCUCUAAGUGAGGCCUAUGCCAUCCUCAGUGAAUGUGGCCCUGGACCUGUCAGUCUCAUUAUAAGCAGGCACCCUAACCCUAAGGUAUCAGAACAGGAGAUGGAUCACAUCAUAGCUCGAUCUACACACAGGGACAAAAUGAGCAAGAACAGGCACUCGUCUUACUCCCAAGGUGUGUCCUGUAAGAGUCCCUACCCAACAGCAAAGGACAAGCAGGGAGAAGGUUCCCCUGCUCUCAGCUGGACAAUGAAGAGAUUCCUGGAGCCUGCCAGUAGGCAGGGGUCAUUGAGCUCAGAGACAGAGUUAUCUCAGUACUUCUCUCAGGAUUCUUCCAGCCAGUCCUUCCUGUCUGAAUCCAUGCUGAUUGGCUCCAACAGCGAUGAGGCGCUCCACCAGCAGAGCUGCAGUGCCUCAAUGGAUGACAACUCAACACAGCCACAUGCAUUCACCUCCUCUCUGUCAGAAGUGGAGAGUGGCUGUGUCUACAACACAUCACAAGACAAGACCCCAUUUCCUCUAAAUCACCAUGUAGAGACAGUUUGCCAGCCCACUGCUGUCUCCAGCCCCACCUCAGCACGAAGCCCACUACUCCGUCAGCGACGGGUGAUGUGCUUUGAUGAUGGGCUCAGCGAUGAUGAGGACUCCGACACAGCAGGAAACACUGGGCUCUUCAGGAGGCCAACAAAAUCUGACUGUCUUAACUUCAGUGAUGCCCAAACAUCCGAAAUUUCCAAAACUGAUUCAGCAGUUGUAACUGCUACAUCAUCAUUAGAUAUAAAUGGAAAUAGUGAGAAUGGUGGGGAUUUGCAGAGGUGUGGAAGCCGUGAUGUGACAACACCACUCUGUGGUAGUUUGUCACAGUGUGUGGAAGGUAUUACCAAUUCUGAGUCAGCUGGUUCUGAGUCACCUCUCAUACCUGUCCGCUGCUCCGUGGACCACAAAGCAGGGGUGGCAGGUAGUCCGGGCUGUGGAUCACAUAAUUUGACCAUCAGUAAUGAGAACUAUACAAAUCAAGAUGAUGGACAAUUGGAGUCAAAGCGCUCCCCCAAGCUUGAGCAUAAAGCAGUGACAAGGGUCAAAAGUAUGAUGAGCAUUGAAGCACCAAACCUGCUUCAGCAGCAAAAGACCAAAACUGAUGAGCCCUCUCCAGGCUCAGGCCCAUCACCACCCCCUCCCAACGCCACACAGUGUGGAAGAAACCCUCAGACUCCUGGUGGGUUGGUACCCCAUCAGCACUGUAAGAAGGGAGAUGGCAGUGAGCUCAUAGGCGUUUGUACCAUAGACACUGUGACCCUAAGGAGAAGUGAGGACGAGUCGUUCGGGCUUGACUUGGAGAUAAUGUCAUCCCCUCUGAAAGUUGUCAUUGCUGGGCUAAAGCCUGGAGGUGCAGCAGAAAGGGAAUCUACAGGCAAACUGUGUCCUGGAGAUGAGAUUGUAAAAAUUGGAGAAUCAUUGGUGUGCUCCACUACUUACCAAGAAAUCUGUGAGCUCAUGCACAACCUUCCCAUUAUGCUGUCUUUGGAAAUUAAGAGACCAGUUUCAGCUGUAGAUCGACUGUCCAGUUUGAUAAUGUCAUCAGGCAGCAGUGAUGGAGCUGCUAGACUGAACCCAGCCAGAUCAGUUCAGGGGACGUCUGAUGAAGGACAAGUAAUACAUGCAAAAUCAGGGAACCACACAACCCAAGCAGACGAUGACUUUCAAAUACCCAUCACCAAUAUAGAUGACAUUUUAUCAGAAGUGAGCCUCUGUAGUGAUACAAAUGCACAGACCCAAUUCCCCUACAAAACAUUACCUAAUGAGCCUGUUUCCUGCUGUUCAAGCCAAAAUACUGUAACCCUGUCUGAGAAAGCUGGCACUCAGGCUGUCAUCUUGGAUACAGGAAAUGAAAAAAGUGCCAUGCUCCCUGUGGAGAUGACACAAGUGAACAAACAAAAGGAAACCUGCUCCGCUGUUUUCAAUGGCUCACCUUUCAGAAGGCCUGAUGCUGGUUCUAAAUGUAUGUACCCCAUAGGAGAUGACAGUGAUUCAAACAGUGACUCCACCACUGACAGCAGUGUAAUGGUCAAUAAGACAGACGGCAGUAGUGGUAGUCUUCAUGAGCCCUCCUCAGAUGAGGAAGAAGUAGAGUUUUGUUCCCGUGAUGCCCAGCAACCUGAUGCUGGGGGACGCGAGUCACCAAACAGGUCUCCAUUUUUUCAGCAUGCCAGCAGCCAAAAAACAAGCCUGGAUCAGACCAUGGAUGGGUUGCAGGUCUCUGCUGAAAUCUCACUGAUUAACAAAGAAAAGUCUGUUACAACAACCCAAGACUCUCAGCUCUCUACAGAGCAACUAUGCCAAUCUGCCAACAGUACAAUACCUGUGUCUUUUAUAGAGUGCCACCUUAACAGUGCCAUUGAACCCUGUGACAAAGUUAAAGCAAUGGUGGCAUCCGGUCCUGGAAGCCAAAGCACUUCCAGCAGCCCCUCCCCACCAGAUACGCACAGUAUCACUCAGGGUACGACUGCAAAUGUGACCUCAAAUUUAUUGAAGUAUUUGGAUACACAAAUACCCCAUUUACCCUCAAUGGAAUCAGAGACCUCAGGUUCAAGCAUCAGCAAGUCAGCAUCAAUGAUGAACAAAGAAAAAGUAGUGGAGAGUGGAACUAAUUUAAACCCUAGCAUGCUUAAGAAGACCUCUGGGGUAAAACUUGAUCAUUCAGACCAUCCUGUGUGUAGCAGGGACUCUAAACUCCAGGUUGAAACUCAAAUCAGACCAAACACUAGUGCCCCCAAAUUGAAGGGCCUUAGUAUUAAGAAUAAGAACAAACCCCAGAUGGAGCCUCUCCAAAAACCUACCAGCAGUGAAAGUCCAAUUCUUUUGAACACCAAUGGUUCCGUGAACCAGUCAACGAAAUUACAAACAGUAACCACAGCCAGCCUUCUGAAGACCACUAACCAGCCUGAUAUGAAUAACUGUCUUUCAUUGCCUAAAGUAAGUGACAGCAGGCAAGUUCCAGUUGAGCAUGGGCCUUCAAGUGGCACAUUACCAAGUGCGCAACUGGCAAAGGAGAAGGACAUCCAUUUAGGCUCCAGAGCACCAGCCAAAUCACAGGGCCAAUCACACACCCUGGCCACUCAGAGAACAUUUAUUGAAGUUCGACUGUCUUCCUUUUCUGGUUCAUCAUCACCAGUUAUGGCUCGCAGCAAGACAGUGAAUUCAAAAGACUCUAAACCCACUCAAAGAGACGCAGAUGCAAGAUUAGCUCCCAUGCUUUCUCAUGUCAACACAGUAUUUCAUUCACUGUGUCCUGCUAAAGAAACUAAUUCAAGCACAAGUAAUAGCUCAAAACUUAUUGUGGAGACAAGUGAGACCCUGAAGUCCAGCACAUCCAGACUGUACAUAAAGACGAUGGAAAGACGAAGCUUCUCCACAGACACUGCCUUGUCUGCAGACUACAACCCCUUCUCUGUCAGACACAAGAUAAAGUCCUUUGAAAACCUGGCUAACUUUGACAAGCCGGUGGCUAAAAGCAGUGACAUUCAGUCUUAUGCUCUGGCAUAUAGAGCCUCGCUUAACCAAAGGAUUGCUGGUUAUAUGGGCUUGGUUAAUUCUAUUGACUGCCGGGCACGUCAGCGGAGUUUUAGUUCUUAUGUGGAAAAUCUAAUCUCACCCACACCCUGCUCACCUCUUCUUGGUAAAUCACCAUCAAGCAUUAACUCCAUAAACCUCGAGCUCCCAAAAUCCAGCUGUAACACGGCUCCCAUGACUGAAAACAAUCCUGAGGCUCCAGUUCAUAAAGCUCCAGAUGGGACUAGACCGCAGACCCCCCAGGUACUGCGGAGGAAACACGACAGACUUCCCCGCAGCAGGUUGCGCCAGCUCAGGGCUCUCAGCAUGCCUGAAUUGGAAAAACUAUGCACAGAGGACUUUACAGUCAGCCAUGGUACAGAUGUAGAUUCAACUAUGACUACGCCUACGAAAGCCACAGUGACUAAAAGCUCUCCACCUGCUGCAACCCUGACAGAAGUGGAUGUGAACAGGGUGAGCCGAGGUGAUCUUGGAUCCACUGAAGAGACUCCUCAAAGAAACCCAGAGAGCCAUGGGCAACAACCUGGCUGGUCAAUCAGUUUAAAGGGGCUGGCUGCUUCUCCUGUGAGUCAGUGUAAAUUGCAAACACUGCUGUCCUCCCAGACAGUGAAAUCAUAUGUGUCGGCCCUGCUUCAGGAGGCCAGGGCCCUCUCAGAGGUUAACGAUAAUACUCACCUUGUUGUCCUAAGUAAAGAAGAGGGCUCAGGACUUGGUUUUAGUAUUGCUGGUGGAGUCGACCUUGAGCAGAAGGCAGUAACAGUUCAUCGAGUCUUCACCAAAGGAACCGCGAACCUUGAAGGCACGAUUCAGAGAGGUGACAGCAUUUUAUCCAUAAAUGGCACAAGUCUUGGGGGUAAAACCCAUGGAGAGGCUGUAUCUUGCCUUCAUCAAGCAAGGUUGUCCAAUCAAGCCUUAGUUGUCAUUUGGAGAGACAAGAACCGUGAACUGAGCGUCUCUGACAUACAUGACUCGGCUGGCCAGCCAAAGAGGAAGACCUCUGACAGGAAGAACUCUUUGGAACCUGGAGCAGUAGGGGAUGUGGGUCCAGGCGGUGCUGUAACGGUGGAGCUUCACAAGUCUUCUGCUGGCCUGGGCUUUAGUCUGGAAGGGGGGAAGUCCUCAAGCCAAGGAGACAGGCCUCUCAUUGUCAAACGCAUCUUUAAAGGAGGUGCUGCAGAGCUGUCCGGGUUGAUCGAAGUUGGUGAUGAAGUUCUGUCUGUCAACGGCUGUUCUCUGGAGGGCCUCAUGCACCAUGAUGCCUGGAAAAUUAUCAAAGCCACUGACGAAGGACCUAACCACCUCCUCAUCCGCAAGCCGCGGUCCUGACUGUAUGAGCACAGAGGCAGAAACAUCCUGAUGUGAAGCAGCCCUCUAAUACAGGGUACGGACGAGCAGUAGAAACGAGGAAAAGAAAUUUCACACUUUUUACAGAUUUUCAGAUGGACUUCAUUUGAGAUUUUGUGUUUUGUCUUGUUACAUGUGUUUGUACUUAGAAUUAGGUCACAUUGGAUGGACCACUAACUAUUGAUGUAUAAAUUGCUGAAUCAUGAUUUAUUUCAGAUGGGACAUGCAGUUUGUUUACAAUAGAUAUACUUUGGACUAUAUAAACUUUGGGAACUGAAAAACGUUUUUUUUUUUUUGUUUUGUUUUGGGUUUUUUUGUUGUUGUUUUUUAAAUAAAGUCAGUUUGU